CUAUGCGACAUUUUUAUGCAUAUUCAUUGUGCUCAAGCAACCAUACCUUUUUUAAUAGACCACCCGAAAAAACAUGACCAUACCCUCACACUUUUCCCUAGACAAGCUUGCUUAGCCUGCAAUGUUUGUGCUACCGUGAACCGCAUUCACCAUCCUAUCUGCGAUUUCGUAGCACAUAGUGACUGUAUCUAUAUCCCACAAAGCAUAAGAAUAUCUCGUCACCACCACCGUAUCUCCUACGUUGCUUCCCUUCCUUUUAAAGAAGCCACGUCUUGCGGGGUAUGUCGUCACAAGGUUGACAGCGAUUAUGGUGCAUACACUUGCAAUAAGUGUUGUGGCUAUGCUGUUCACACAAGAUGUGCAUUGCGUAGAGACAUAUGGGACGGAAAAGAAUUAGAGGGAGAGCCAGGAGAAGAAGAUGAAGAUGUCGAGCCGUUCAAGAGGAUAUCUGAUGAAAUAAUUAUCCAUUUUUCUCAUGAUCGUCAUCAUAUGAUGAGAUUUGAGACCAGCCGAGUUGUUUAUGACGAACACAAAGUUUGCCCAAUGUGUGCCCUGCCAAUCUACGAGGGGAAUUUCUAUGCAUGUGUAAUGGAAUGUGAUUUCCUCCUACACGAAGCAUGUGCAUGUGCUCCCCGUACCAAGCUCCAUCCAUUGCAUCCUUAUCAACUUACGCUCGAGGCAGUCUCUGAUAAACAGUAUUACGUGCGUUGUCAUGCAUGUACUCGCAAGGUUAAUGGUUUCAACUAUGUGUGUAAAGCUGCAAACCAGUUUUUCGAAGCCUACCAACUAGAUGUACGGUGUGCCUUGGUUUCUGAGCCCUUCCAAUAUCAAGGACAUGAACACCCCUUAUUUCUGUCUUUAGACCCAAAAGAAAAGCCCUCGUGCCACAUUUGCAAGUAUAAACACGAUGAACAUUAUCUCACUUUCUGCCGUGGAGAUGAGGCAAGUGGCUCGGAUUGGUGUGAGUUAUGCGAAGGCAAAUUAACAAUUGGAGGAAAACAAGGUUUCUACAAGUGCGACGAUUGCUGCACCACGCUUCAUAUUCAUUGCUUACUCGGGUGCGACCCAUAUAUGAUGUCUGGUAUACCGUUCGAGGAUGUACAAGGUCAUGAGCUGCUUCUUCUACCUAACCAUUUGCCUACUCGACCAACUUGCAAUCUCUGCCGUAGUCGUUGUCCGUAUCCAAUAUUUUUGGAAGAUGAAGAGAAAACAAUAUGUUCUUUUAAAUGUGGCAUCGACCACUCAUAUUUCCAAGUAUAG